AAGAAAACUUGGUAAUGAUUUAGACAUUGGUUUGUCUUAAACAGAGUUGAGUUUUCCCACUUGAUUUCACAAAAAAGUCUUCAUGAAAUUAUAGUUAGGAAUCUUUAUAGAAUUUCUCCAAAUUCACACCGUGGCUUCACAUAGUAAUUAAACCAUCCCAAGUAGCACAUAUAAAUUGCAUACCUUGAAAAAUAAACUCUAUACAAACACCAAAAGGAAUUUCUUUAGUACUAACAAGAAGGAAAUGGGGAACAGCAUAGGUGGAAGAAAGAAGGCAAAGGUGAUGAAAAUUGAUGGGGAAACAUUCAAGUUAAAGACUCCAAUUCGGGCUUGGGAUGUAGUUAAAGAUUAUCCAGGGCAUGUUUUAUUGGAUUCAGAGGCUGUAAAGCAUUUCGGAAUUCGUGCUAAGCCAUUGGAGCCCCAACAGGACUUGAAGCCUGAGAAAAUUUACUUGCUGGUAGAGUUGCCAAAGUUUCCAGAAGAAAAGGCACCAAGGAGGGUACGUUCUGGAGGAAUUCAUAUGAGUGCUAAGGAGAGGUUAGAGUCAUUGAUGUUGUCAAGGAGAUCGGUUUCUGACCUUUCCAUGGUUAGACCAUCAUCAAUUCUAGAGUCCGAUGGGGUGGGUCCAGGUUCCAGGAGGAUGACAGUGAAAAUGAGGCUUCCCAAGUCUCAAAUGGCCAAGUUGGUGGACGAGAGCAGAGAUGGUGUAGAGGUGGCAGAGAAGAUCCUUAAUCUUUAUAUGGAAAACGCCGGCGGCGAUACCGGUAAUCAAAUGCAUCGGGAAACAGCAUGGAAACCUGGCCUUGGUAGCAUUGGAGAAAAUUUUAAGGCCAAACCUGUGAAGCGAGUGAGUUUUAUUCCACAAGAAGAGGGAGAAAUUCGUUUAGCCAAUCAAUAGUAGCAGCUAAUAUUGGAUUAAGCAUUAGAAUUAAUCCAUGUAAAUCUUCCAUACAUUUAUUUCAAAGUUUUUUUUUUUCACAAAUCUGUAAUUACAUGGAUAAAUAUGAAAA